AUGGAAGUGGAGGACGAGGAACCCGAAGGCUCCGACAUGGAGGUUAGCAAAGCCUUCAAGUCCUUCUUCUACACUGCUGAAGCGGUGAAGUCUUGGCAAAACGUCAAGGAAAUGGAGUGCUAUAGUGAGCGAAACAUUGAGCAAGAUUCCUUCAAGAUGUUCAAUCUUGUGGAAUUUUUUAAGGCUUGCCACUUGUUCCAGUCAGUCACCGAGGUGGAGCCCUUUGUGAAAUCAGUGGUUCAACUAGUCUACAGCAAUCUGACAGCAGAUUUCGGCAAUCCAAGGUCCAAAAAGUAUGGGAAGAUCUUCUACAAGAACAAGAUCUUCACACUAACUCCUUCCAUCAUCAAUGGAGUCCUUGGCACGCCUGAUGUGAAGAGCACAAAGGUGAAAAACAUGGACAAGGUCGCAACGGUCAUCACCGGAGGGAAAGUGUGGAAAUGGCUGAAACCAAUGAAGUCUUCCACCUUGUCAUACCUGUACUCUGCUCUAUUCAAGGUCAUGACUUUGAAUUGGAUUGUGUCAACCAACUCUACCGUGGUCACACAACAGCACGGCAUACUUCUCUACUGCAUUGGAGAAGGGUUGCCGUUCAAUCUGGGUCAGGUUGUUUUCGAUCAGAUCGCUGCUUCUUCUCAAUUGUCUGGGUUGCCGUUUCCCUCUUUGAUUUUCAGGUUCCUCCGGAGUCAAGGCGUGAAGGUAAAGGAUUCUGUCCAGAGAGAGGACAUCCAUGAGUAUGCUCUCACGAGUAUGCUCUUUAGUGAGGGCAAAAUUGCAGAUCUCCCCUGGGUUAAUCCUGUUGCCGCUCCCACUGUUGCAGACACUACCAUGAUCACAAUCCCAAAGGCAACAUUGCAGGCCCUUUUACAGCAGAUCGACGAAUUCGAGAAUAGCCUUCUUCAAGCUCGGAGAAUUCAGGGGGAGUCAUCGUCAAUCCUGAAUCAAGCCAAAGGACAGUUGAUAGCCCUCCUUUCUUCCCAAAAAGGGGGAGAAGAUGCUGAUGCUGCUACUGAUGCUGAUGGAGCAGGGGAAUGA